AUAAAUUAUAUAGGAAUCGCUGUUACAACCUUUUGCUAUUCGAAAAUGGAAUGUGGUGAAGUAAAGAGGGAUCAUCAAGAGCGGAAUAUGCAUCCUCUAUCACGGGUUGCUGUUACUAGAACCACAAGAUCAUCUGGAAGAGUUUACCCGCCAGGUUUUCCUGUAAUGAGACCGCACCAAAUAUCAGGGAUGAAAUCACCUUUGCGAACACAUCUCAGUCCAAUGUACAGAUUUUCAAAAACGAAAACCUAUAUGGAACAAUGUUUCGAAGUUAUCAAGGUCCUCGGAAAUGGAUCAUUUGGUCAAGUCUUGGAUGUAAAAUGUCUGGAAACAGGGAAAAGGUUUGCCAUCAAAAAAGCUCUACGAACAUUCGAAUCUUCUGGAAAACGGCAUCGUCAAUUACUAGAAGUAAUAACCCAUGAAUCAGUCACUCCCCAUCCAAACAUUAUACGAUUUGAAAAAGCUUGGGAAGAGAGGUAA